AAUCCUCUAUACUUAUCAUUGAUUAUCGAAAAUGAAAACAAUAUGGCGGGUAAUAUUGAAAGUCCCCUUUUAAUCAGAAAUGAAAAUGGAUUUUCACCCUCAGAUGAAGACCAAUAUGAUGUUCCAUCAAACAGAAUACACAGUAAUGGUGACUCUAUUUAUGAUGUAAACAAUGCUUUUGGAUCUUCACAUCAGAUUAUGGAGGGCCAGGGUACUCCAUACCAUGCCAUCACUAGACGACAUAAACAGUAUAAAACUUGGGAACUGAAUUACCAAGAGGCAGCUAUAUAUCUGCAGGAAGGGGAAAACAAUGAUAAAUACAGUACACAUCCCAGAGACUUCAAUGCUUUGCCAGCAUAUAAAAUUGCUCACAAGAAAAUUUUCUAUGCUUUAGACUUAUUUGCAGCACUGCUGGUGAUGGGAUUAGCUGCCUGUGAACGACCAGCAGUGCCAUUUUUAACUCUCCCUGUAGGGGUUCAUGGAUCAUUGGAAUUGUUUGGACUUUUGAUAUUAGCGCUAGAAUUAGGAAUACGGAUGAAGUGGUUAGGAUUCAGAACAUUCAUAAAACAUAAGAGAACUCUUAUAAAGAGUUGUACCUUAAUCAUAGUGUUUAUAGAGACUAUAGUAGUGAUUAUACGACAGCAUAACCAUUUUAGAGUGACAAGAUCACUGAGGCCAUUGUUUCUAAUAGAUACAUACUACUGCAGGGGGGUCAGAAGAACAUUUCGACAGAUUUUACAGUCCAUGCCACCUAUCAUAGACAUGUUGUUAUUAUUACUGUUUUUUAUGUUGAUAUUUUCUAUAUUAGGGUUUUAUUUAUUUUCUGGGAUUCAUGGGGAUGCAUACUUUGCCACACUACAAGACAGUUUUAUAAGUCUGUUUGUUCUUUUGACUACAGCAAAUUAUCCAGAUGUAAUGAUGCCAGCUUAUGCCAGUUCCAGAUACUACAGUAUUUUCUACAUUAUAUACCUGUCUUUAGAACUUUAUUUUAUAAUGAAUCUGUUUCUUGCCGUUGUAUAUGAUACAUUUUCAAAUUUGGAAAAGACAAAAGUAAAGAAACUUUUUUUUCACAAGAGACUUGGUUGUCAACAUGCCUUUAGGUUACUGGUAACUAAAGAGGAUAACAAGUCAAUAAAAUUGAAACAUUUUCUUGGUAUGAUGAAACAUCUACGACCAAAGAAAAGUAGAAGAGAUGGUUAUUUAGUUUUUAAGAUGUUAAACAUGGGCACAUCAGGAGCAUUAACUUUGGAAGAAUUUCAUAAGAUAUAUGAAGCUAUAGACUUGCAGUGGAUGUUAAAAUCUGAUGAAAACAUUAUCUGGUCAUCACAUUUCAAAUAUCCUUUCAACAGAAUUUUUAGAUGUAUACAUAGUUUUGUAAAAUGGAAAUGGUUUAAAAGAUUUAUUUAUUUUGCAAUAGCUACCAAUUUCCUGAUAAUUUUAGUAGAAACUAUUCAGAUUUCAGUAACAAUUGAGGCAGACCGACAUAAGAUAACAGACAGGGAAAACUGGGCAUCUGUCGCAUCAACAGUUUAUGUUUGUAUAUAUAUAGUAGAAGCAAUAUUGAAGAUACUAGGAAAGGGACCAGCUGUUUAUUUCACCAGUGGAUGGGAUUUAUUUGAUUUUGUGGUAACGGGCACAUCUGUGAUAGGACUUCUGGGAGAAUUCUUUGAUGACUCAUUUUAUUUCAUUAUAGUCCUCAGACCAUUCAAAUUAUUGAGAUUAUUUAAAGUAAAGGAGAGAUACAGAGAUGUACUUGGUACUUUGUUUGUUUUAUUUACCAGAUUGAUAAGUCUUGCCAUUGUGAUAAUUCUAGUGUAUUAUUUCUUUGCCAUCAUUGGAAUGGAGAUGUUUCUACACACAAAUCUACGUAACUGCUGCAAAAAUACAAGUGUAGAAGCUUAUUACAAACACAGUAAUGACUCAACGAAUCAGAUGUAUUAUUACCUCAACAACUUUGACAAUAUUUUAGAAUCAGGAGUAACUUUAUUUGAACUGACUGUUGUCAAUAACUGGUUUAUAAUAAUGGAAGGUUAUGCUCAUCAUGUAGGAGAGUGGAGUAGAGUUUAUUUCAUGUUGUUUUAUAUUGUUAUGAUGGUAGUAAUGAACAUUGUAGUAGCGUUUAUUUUAGAACAAUUCCUGUUUAGAAUGCAGUAUAACAGAAAAAUGGAGGUCAAAGAUAUUGAAGAUCAUGCCAAACACACUGUACAUAUUACAAUAUCUGAGGAGGAACAAGCUAUGUGCGAACAUCGAUAUCAAAAGAUAACUGGCGACUACAUUGUCAAUCAAUCAAAGUCAUGUGAUAUACCUACACCAUACCUUUACAAAGGAGAGAGAUUUAGAAAUAAGGAUGAUUACAGUCUGAAGAUGUAUAGUGAUGAGGUCAAGACUUGGAUAGAAGAAGAUGAACAAAACAGAGAAGAAAUGAUAGCUAACUUGGAGAAUUUGAGACAAAGGAGGCGUGUUAAUUACAGUUUGAAUUUAGAGGAACCAACUACAGCACCAGUAUUAUUCCAUCGGACAGUAUCUGAGUUAGAGUCCCCUGACAUCGAAAACAGUUUUGCAUAAAACAAUUUUUUUUAAAUGUUUUGAGAUAACUUUUAUUUGUGUUUAGAAGAUGAGAUUUAAAUUCAUGUGUUUAGGAUUAAAUUCCAAUUUUAAAAAUGAUGCAGAAAAAGCAAACUAAAUCAAUAGAUUUGAAUAUUAUUAUGAUAUUAUUUAUAAAAAAAAAUCCACAUACAUUGUGCUUAUCAUUUAUCAGUGUGUAUCUCAUUCUAUCAUGUCAGAUCUGUAAUGUUAUUAUAGGACAUUAAUUUGCAUAUUGUUAAUUAUGAAUUAAUAUUUAAUCAUACCUUGAAUACUGUGUAUAGUUUUGGGCUCUUUUUACUUUCAAAAGCUUUCUCAGCUUGAAACCCUUGUAAAAGUUCCAAUAGACCCAAACAAAGUACAAUGAAACUCUUAAAAAACAAUGCUUCUAAAAAUUUGCUAUGAAUCAAUUAUUGAAAAAUAUGGUUUUCUUUUCUUUUCUUUUUUAUGAUUUUUACAAUAGUCGCCUUUGGAAUAGCUUAGCAGAUGCAUGUUAAGUUGUGGCCCCAGGAUUUUGAACAAGGGAAGGGUGUGUGCUGUUAAGGAAACAUUAAGAUUGGGACUUAUUAAAGUCUAUGCAUUAAACAUAUAGAUCCAUAAGUACUUGCCCUUUUUACAGGUCAACACACAGUUAACUUUUUGAAUUAAAGAUACAUUUUAACUUUUAAAAUUCAUAAAUUGACACCAAAAAUGAUGUUUAUCUCUUUGAAAGAGUCUGAUCAUAUGAAAUCUAUUUCUAUAGUCUCAUACUUAAGCAAUAGCAGCCAUAGGUUGAAUUGCCAUAGUGAAUUGAAACACUUAAAAUGUUGUUGUCAUGUGUAUUGUACUUUUGAGUAUUUGAUGUAAAUUUGUCAAUGAUUUUUUUCUAAUUU